AUGGGGCGCAAGGCGAAGGACUGGGGCCCGUUCGCGAGCGAGUUCGGCAGAGGCGACGGCGGCCCGGACGACGACGACGACGGCGGCCGCGGCGGACGCGCGUCGUCCGCCCCGAAGGAGCGUAACAACUCAUCAAACACGAAGACGUACAAGCCCGGGAUGAGCGGCAAGGACCAGAAAGCGCGCGCGAAGGAGCUCCGGUUAGAGAACGAGCGACGGAAGUUCGAGCGCGAGAAGAGGAACCACGACAAGCGCGAGCGACGCGAGCGCGAGGAGGAGGAGCUCGCGGCGACGGCGACGGCGACGGCGACGCCGGAGCGCGCGAUCCCGAGCAAACAUCGUCAUCAUCAAACUCAUCAUCCCCGAGACUCCCCCGGGGCGUCGUCUGCCGGCGACCCCCGGCGCGAGCUCAAACGCCUGUUCGGGCGCAUCGAUCACGGCGGUGGGGUCUCCCCGUCGACGGGCGCGGCGCUGGGGAUCGACGACGUCGUCGUCGUCACCGUCGACCACGCCGUCGCGAACGAGAGGAAAAGCGGAGAGACGGCGUGGAGCGCGCGGGUGAACAAACGCGGCGAGAAGGAGACCCCGCUCGCGGUGUUUUUGAGGAUGAACGCGCACAGGGGAGGAAGUUUCGGUUUCGAGGACGCGAUGCCGGUCUCCCCGGGCGGCGGCGUCGGCGGGUCGUGGGAUCCGACGUCGUCGAACGCCGCUUUCUCGCCGAGAUCUCCGGUCGUCGUGGGCGGCGGCGGCGGCGGCGGGGACCGCGAUCGGGAGCCGCCGUACCACCUCGUCCGCAGGGUCGUCGCGCGGCGGCUCGCGCGCAAGGACGACGAAGAAGACGAGCUCUUGUGGCCGCUCGCCGCGCGCGGAGGAGGAGGAGGAGGCGGCGGCGGCGACGACGACGACGACGUCGCGGCGACGACGCGAGGGAUGCGAGCGAUGCGCGUCGACGACCCGCCGCGGGACCCGCUGAACCUCAUCCCGACGACGUGCUGGGAGAUCGUCGCGUCGUUCAUGGACCCUCGGAGCAUCUCGCGGCUCGCGGCCGCGUCGCGAGCGCUGCGGGACGUCGCGCGGUCGCCGCAGGUGAGGCAAGCGGCGCACGCGGCGAUAUUCGGAAGCGUCGCGCCGCCGCCGCCGCCGCCGACGCAACGACCGGGGGCGCCGCCGGUGGAGACGUCGAAGGAGGCGAUGGAGGAGCUCGGGGGGAAGCGCGCGUGGGCGGCGGCGUGCGCGUCCGCGCUGAAAGCAGAGCGAUGGAUUCCAGAGAAGGAGGCGUCUGUUGACGACGACGACGACGACGGCGACGACGGCGAAGGAGACGACGACGACGGCGACGGCGACGACGACGACGACGGCGACGACGGUGACGGCGACCUCGGAUUCGACGAGGGCGACGGCGAUUUCGUCGUGCGCGACGCAUCCAAAUCAACGCGCACACGCAACCUUACCCCCACGUCGACGCCGCGUCCGAGACCGAAGCACGCGGGCGUGGGCCCGAGCGCGGCGAGUUUACUCCUCGCGGACGGCGCCGCCGCCAUCAGCGGCGACUCCGAAAAGAUCAAGCUCUGGUUCCACGGCGGCGACGGCGCGACGGAGCCGGGGAAACGCAUCGCGACGCUCCCGAACCCGGCGGGGACGCCGACCACCGGCGCGGACUACUGCUCGCUCGCGUCCGCGCACGGCGUCUUCGUCGCGGGCGAUCGGCACGGCAGAGUCACCGUGUGGGACGCGGACUCGCUCGACGUCCGGCACCCGCGGGUGCCGUUUUUGGACCCUAACGUCGUCGAGUUGCACGAAGGCGACGACGUCGUCGACGUCAACGCGCUCGCGUUCGUGAGCCCCUCCAUCGUCGCGGUCGGGUCUUGGAACCACAACGUCGUGAGGCUCAUGCGCGUGGGGCCCGCGGAUGAUGAAAACGCCGACGAGACGGACGUUUUCAUCGACCUCGCGGACAACGAGCUCCGCGCGGAGACCACGCUGUCUUGGACCGCGCAGGCGAUGGCCGUCCAGGGCGUCCCGAGCUCGCACGGGAACGAUUUCGGGCGCGCCGCGAACCGCGGCGGGCACCACUCCGGCGCGGGCGCGCCGACGCUGUGGAUGUGCGCGCAUCCGGACCUCCUCGCGGUCGACGUCGAGACGCGGACGGUGACCGAGGUGAUCCACAUGUCGCACUACGAUCCGUACGUCGCGUUGGGAAUGACGCCGGCGGCGUGCGCGCGCGGCCACGUCGUCGUCGUCGCGUCCGCGCACUGCGCGGGCGUGUACGACACGCGCACGGCGUCGUCGUCGCGGAACGUCCCGGUCGCGAUGUGCAGGCACUGGGACCUCGGGAACGACGGCGACGCGGGGACGGACGCCGUCCGCGUCGACGGGUUUAAAAUCGGCGAGUCGAUGUGCUGCGUCGACGACUGGUCCGUCUGGCUCGGCGCGCGAGGCGGAGACGCGGUCGCUCUGUUCGACACGCGGCGCGCGUCCGGACCGCCGCGGUCGCUGACGAGGGAUCGAUGGCACGCGGGGACGGUGGACGAUCCCCCGGUCGCGUUGUACGGCGUCGGCGACGGCGGCGUCGGCGUCGGCGGCGGCGGCGGCGCGGCGCGGGGAUUCGGUUUGGGGUGUUUCGCGCGCGGCGGGGACGACGCGUUCAUCGUCGCGCCGCUCACUGACGAUUGCGGCUCGAGGUGCUCUGUGUACACGUCCGCGCACCAUGGCGUCGACAGCGGCGCCGGCGACGACGGGUUCGACGACGACCUCUUCGGGAGCAGGAAAGCGAAGAAGAAGACGAAGGCGAAGGCGAAGAGCAGGAAAUACCCGAAAAAACAGGGGGGCAAAUUCCGCGCGCGAACCGCCGGAGGGUAG